UUUCAGCUCGGGCACUGCUCUGUGUCGAUUUGUUUUCAUUGCUGCAUUCAGUAAAUAUUGUGGUUGAAACGUCGUGUUUUGAACAUAGUCAACUGAAAGUCAAGUGCUGCAUAGCGAAACUGCAAGAGUCUUGCUAGGACUUUCUUUGUACUGAGAUCACGCUACCGCCCGAAUCGUGGCGAUAUGGCCAGGCCAGACCAAAUCUUGCUUCUGGAACCUCAACACGAGUUGAAAUUCCGAGACUCUAGGACCUUGAUUUCCAAAUGAAAUGCAAAAUUUACUUUCAUCUGAAAAGAGGACUUUGGACCACUGAGCAACAGUCCAGUUCUUUCUCUGCUUAGUCCAGAAGUUGGUGAGGACCACACAAAUGUUAUUUACAAAGAAAGAAUGAAGGAGGGUGUACUUUCUUCUUCCUAUGACUGGAUAUGGAAAGAGAACAAGACUGGAGACAAGAGAAUAUGUUGUGUGAUUUUUUUUUUUUGUCAGAAUGGAAGCUCCAUGGCUGUGUCCAUUUUCAGAUGUGGUGACCACGACCCUAAAGCUUGCUAACCCCUCAGAUAGAAAUGUGUGCUUUAAAGUGAAGACAACUGCACCACGUCGCUACUGUGUACGUCCAAACAGUGGAGUGAUUGAAGCUGGAACCUCAGUUAAUGUUUCUGUUAUGCUGCAGCCAUUUGAUUAUGAUCCCAAUGAGAAGAGCAAGCACAAGUUUAUGGUGCAGUCUUUAAUAGCCCCAUCUGACAUGACUGACAUGGAAGGCCUGUGGAAGGAGGCCAAGCCAGAGGAACUGAUGGACUCUAAGCUGCGAUGUGUCUUUGAAAUGCCAAAUGAAAAUGGGAAAAUGCAUGACACGGACACCAGUAAGAUGAUUUCCUCUAGUUCUUUUAAAUCUGAUUCGUCCACGUUGUCCAUGAAGUUGGGGUCCAGUUUGGAUGAUGGAGAGGUGAAGAGGAUUAUGGAAGAGUGCAGAAGACUUCAGGUGGAGGUGCAACGACUAAGAGAAGAAAACAAACAGAUUAAGGAAGAUGAUUGCCUGCGACUGAGGAAGAACACCGCCACGGCAGCUCAGCAUUCUAUACCUUCAUCUGUCAAGGUGAAGGAAGAGGGCUUGAGCAUCAGGAUCAUCGCUGUAGUUGUGUUGUUCUUUGUCAUUGGUGUCACUGUAGGGAAGUUGUUCAUGUAAAAAUAAGGAAGAAAUUAGUGACUGCAUGCAUUGUGAAUAAACUUAACAAAAUGUAUUGGAUGCUGAAUAUCCAGUUGCAAUGCCAUAGCAUUUUGUUAGUGCUUGAUCAUGAGUUAUGUAAAACUAAAAGGAAUAAUAUUCCACCUUGUGUGCAAAGAAACAAUUGGGGGAAUAUAUUAACCAAGCAGUGUCCCUGUAGUAACAAAAUGACAUCAUUCAGGUCAUUCACAGAACUAUUUUAGAAACAGUAGUGCUAAAAUAAUAAUAACUAAUAAUAAUAAUAAUGAUUUGAUACCAAGCUGUUAUCUGAUAUACUGUCAUCUGAACUACAGAGUUAAACUGAGAUCAGUUAAAGGUUAUGCUUGUUUAGUUGAGACAGUGCAGGAACUGCAAGCUUAUUACAUUUACUUACAUUUACACUAAAAGUGUUGCAUAUGUAUCUGUCACACUGAUCAUAACAAAUGGUCAUAUAUAUGAUCCAUGAUCUGUCCAUUCGAAUCUUGUAUAUGAAGUCCUUCAUUUAUGUCAGAAAGGGGAAGGAAAAACAGGGUUGAUGUCAGAAAAAUGCUUCCAGUGUUGAUAUUUAGCUUUGGGCAAAUCCUCUUCCCUGUAGUAUUUUUUUUAGUAUUUCUUGACCUUUUUUUUUUUCGACAGUUUAUAGUCUCUAAUAGUUGAUGUUUCCAACUGCUUUUUUGCUACAGCUCAGCACCAUAAAUUGAAUAUUUGUUUAUCAUCUAUAAUGGAGAUAUUCAUCAGAAAUAAACUUGUCCUUCCAAUAGUAUGUGCAAUAGUUACCGUAGCAACCUGAAAAAACCCACAGGUUAAUGCUAUAGCUUUAACAACCACUACCCUACCCAGUGGCCUCUCCUGUGUCCAGUACUGCUCAUGUGCAGUCUCUCAAUAUUUAGACAGUGAGAGUUCUAUUUUAGCUAUAUACCACAGGAUAUUGGAGAUUAAAUUAAUUAACAUGAGCUCAAAAUGCGGGCUUUAAGGGUAUUUACAGUACAAGGAAAUGGGUGAAAGGAUCCCAUAGCCAUUACCAGAUGCUGGGUUUCUUUCCUGAUGAUGCUUUGCCAGGCCUUUGCUGAAGCUGUUUUAAGUUCCUACUACUUCUUGGGGCAUUUUUUUUCUUAAGUUUUGUCUUUAACAAAAUUGGAUUUAAUUGGAUUCAGGUCAGGUGAUCAACUUGGCCAUUGCAGACCAUCCCAAGUCUUUGCCUUACAAAAGUCUUGGGUUGCUUUUGUAAGGGUUAUCUGCAGUUGAAAGCACUGCCCAAUGAGCUUUGAACCAUUCGGCUAAAUCUAAGCAAAUAUUAUAGCCCUACGCUUCAGAAUUCAUCCUGCAGCAGUUACAUCAAAAAAUAAAAUACAAGGGAACCAGUUCUGUUGUCAGCUAUAUAUGCCCACACCAUAAGAUGAGGUGGUAUUCUUUGGAUUAUGACCAGUUACUUCCCUUCUCCAUACACUUCUCUUCCCAUCAUUCUGGUACAAACUGAUCUUUGUCUCAUCUGUCCAUAGGAUGUUGUUCCAGAACUAUACAGGCAUUUUUAGAUGUGCUUUUUGGCAAACUAUUUAUGGUCUUCCUUUUUUUGAGGUUUACCAGUGGUUUUACAUCUUGUGGUAAAUCCUCUAUAUACAUCUACACUGUGGCCAAAAGUUUGUGGACAUAACCAUAACACUUGUGCAUUUUGAACAUCUCUUGAGCUCUAGUUCCCCCUUUGCUGUUAUAAUAACCAUCACUCUUCUAGGAAUUCUUUCCACUAGCAUGGCUGUGCAGAUUUGUCCUUUCUCCCACAAAAGCAUGAGUGAGAGCAGGCCCAAUCGACACAUCAACUUGUGCAUCAUUAGUGUAGUAGAUCAGUUUUUAUACAAAACAGCCACAACACCUACAGCAUGAGACUGUUACGGCUCGUGACGCGGCAGCUAUGUAACCUUUUUUAUUUGUAAUGCGACUGAAUAAACAUUUUGACUAUGACUCAAUAAAAUAACCACAUAGCUGAA